GUCACCCCCUUGCGCAGAAAUCGAGGGGGGCGUUAUGGGACGCCGCCAUUGCAAAUGUCGGGCUGUGUAAUUUCAGGCCGUAGCGACAUGAGAAAUGCUGUGAAAUCACUACCAUCGUAACUUCCACGUACCAAGUUAAAGACUGUGUGUGAUAAUUGUCUAUUCAUCUUAGUAACUAGUGGGAUAUUUUCAGCCUCGAAUUUGGGGGUACCCUAAGGGGAUUUAGAGACACCGGUAAAUAUUAAUCCGGAAGUCGUACUGCUCGUAAGCCAAUACUACUACUAGCGGUAACUAAGAAAGCCUUUUCACGAUGGGAACGAAAGACGACGAAUACGACUAUCUUUUCAAAGUUGUGCUGAUAGGCGACUCGGGGGUCGGAAAGAGCAACCUGUUGUCGAGGUUCACGAGAAACGAAUUCAACCUUGAGAGCAAAAGCACCAUCGGGGUGGAGUUUGCCACACGGAGCAUUCAGGUGGACGGCAAGACGAUAAAGGCACAGAUAUGGGACACGGCGGGACAGGAGCGGUACAGAGCUAUAACGAGCGCAUACUAUCGAGGUGCUGUUGGAGCCCUCCUUGUCUACGACAUAGCUAAGCACCUUACCUACGAGAAUGUAGAACGAUGGUUGAAGGAGCUACGAGACCAUGCUGAUAAUAACAUCGUUAUCAUGCUAGUAGGGAACAAAAGUGACCUGCGGCACUUGAGGGCGGUACCCACAGAUGAGGCAAAAGCAUUCGCAGAAAAGAAUUCACUAUCCUUCAUUGAAACCUCAGCUCUGGACUCAACAAAUGUAGAGCAAGCCUUUAAACAAAUAUUAACAGAAAUCUAUAAGAUAGUCUCCCAAAAGAGCAUACGGGAUGGCGGCAAUGGGGAGGACUCCCCCAGCUCCGACGUCAAGCCCAUCACAAUUCCCCCAACAACAGACUCGGAACAAAGAAAAAUGAAAUGCUGCCAGUCAAUAUAGGAAAGAAGCAAGUCACCGUAACCACUCCUCUCCCCUUGUCAUCUCUCUUCACAAGCAACCCCCCCGGUCACAUCGCUAGAACACCCAGGAGGUUCACAUUUGCCCAUCACGGGCCCAGUAGCUCCCCCCAAAAAAGUUUCUGGAUGGUAGGUGUAGUUUUCUCGAACUCUCAUUAUGUGAUUCUUCUUGACUUUCUUGAAAGUUUGAAAUACUUCAAACAGUUUAUGAAUAUCAGCAGGGCUAUUGCCUGGAUGUACAUGUAAGUACCCUGAUGUGAGGAAUUGUUGGAGGGGGUGAGGUUCCAGAACAGCCCCUGCAUGCUCCUGAUGGAGGUGUACAUGUACGUAAUGUUAUAUUUUAUGCAAAGUGCAUGGGACUUCUAAAGUGUGUAAAACACACCACCAUAUGCCCACACUGAGUUUAUUCAAGUAGCACAUCUAAUUCCGAAAGAUGUCACUUAAUGCGCUCAUAGGUGUCCAUUUGCUCACAAGUGAAGAAAUUAUUUUGGUUAACUAGCUUGCCCAGGGACUUAAAUGACGUGAUCCCUUUGCUGUAAUUAAACCACACUUUGUAAGACCACAUCCGGACUGCAUGCCCACUUAACCUCGCUUCACAGUGAAACAGCAAACAGAAACGACCCUUGUUCUACUGGACCCAAUGUUCUUUAGAUGUUGCUUUUAAGAUGGACACCGAUAUUUUAAUCCUGGACAUUAUGAUAGGGGUUAGCAGCCAGGCAGUAACCCUCCAAGAAACCUGCAGUAGUCCCCAGAUAAGCAAAUGAGCGCAUUUCAACCUGACCCAUAUAGAGUCAUCGCGGAGAGCGUUGUAUCUUCAGUGCACUUUUGUGUGGGGAGUAUUGGCAUUGCCCAGUUGACAGGCAAACAUUUUUUCCCUCAAAGCCCUCAGGUUAAACUCAAUUGCUUGAUCAAUUCCACAGAGGAUCACAAAUAUGACUGUUAUUCCAAGGAUUAAGCCAACAUGACAGCAUCUUGGGUAGUGAGUACCUUAGUACAUGUGUUGGAGAUGCCUUUCAUUGCACAAGUAACAAACCCCGGAGGUUCCAAUAAUUUAACACCUAAAUGAAUAUCGGCCCGUAUCGGUUCUUGUUUUAGUACCGUGUCGUAUCUACACCUUCUUUUUGGCUAAGUGUUUCACGUUGAAUGUACAUAAAAGGGUAACUUGUGUGUGGAUCCAAGUCCUUUGGCUUUCAUAGUACCCCGUAAUAAUCAACUUACUGCAAACAAUCUGACACAGUUUCCACCUCCAUGUAUUACACGAAGCUGUAACAUAAAUUCUGCUUAGAAGCUGUUUUAGUGCUGUACAUAAACAAAUAUUUAUGAUUGCAAUGUCCUGGACAAGUGACCAAAGCUUUGCCAUCCAGUUUUAGGGUUGAGAACCGAAUUUGUAGUGCUGAUGAGUGUUGAGCACACCAUCUUUGAUGCCCUCUGCUCUCAGAGGCUGGAAGCUGGAGCGCUGACUUCCAGCAACAACAAGCAGCGAGGUCAGUCGGAAACAAAGCACGCCUGCGAGUCCACGUACAGCCGCGCUGUUAUGGUAGACUUGGCAUUUGCGUCCGAUUGACCUCGGACGCACAUCAUUUCAGGUGUGCGCUGUUGGAACACUAGACUGGGUUCAUUGCUUUAAUUGUGGAAAUGUAGGCACGCACAUCAUAAGUACAUCAACCAGCGAAACAUCCUGAAAAGGUUAGCUCAAUGUUCUGCCAAAGCAAGGUUAUGUUUCUGUUGGCACAGUAAGUUUAGCAAGAUGGUACGGUGGUUCAAUGUUACAGUUCAUCAUGGAGCUGGGGCAGUUUUUUCAAUUCCCGUGGCAGGUCCUGACUCUCAGUGCGUAUUGCCGCCAGCUCCACGCCUGACAUGUUAAGAGUGCAUUGCGGGCAUCCAUAGCCCGGGACAUCCCGGGAUAUUGAAAAGAUGAACCUGGGGAAAGGCAAGGCAGACUGCACAGCAUCCCCCGUCCAGAGUGCAUACAUGCUGACUGUUUCAAUUUAACUGGCACCGAUCCCAAUUUUUAAGUGUUCAAACUACAAAAAAUUGGAACUUUCUGAUUCGUAUGAAACAGAAGAAAAAAAUAAAAGGUAAAAGGUCUCUGCCCAAGAGGGUACUACACCACUAUCGCAGAAAAAUGAGGGCGCUAUUUGCUCUGUCAAAAUGGCCGUUAUUACACACGCAAAUGUUUGUGCGUACUUUUACAUGUAAACAGCUUCUCUUGUACAGCUGCUUGUUUUGCUAUGGGCUCGGAAAGUGGGCGUUCCAAUUUCUGACUUUUUCAGUGUUGGCUGGUAGAAGAGUGUGUAUGCAGUGCGGCUGCAUUCAGCCUGUGCAGUGAAGCUCACAUGCAGGAAAGGUUAAUGCACUUAGAGUGGAGAUAUAUUUGGAGGUACGCUCAACCAGCAUGUUCAUUGAAAUGGCGUUAAUAUUUUCAACAUGGCUCCUGAAAUUUUUUGAGUUUUUUUGGAUGAAGUAGGGAUCAUUUAGGUAAAAGAGUUAGAAUAUUCCCAGCUGCCUGAGUAUUUUUUGGUUCAUGCAAUCAAGCGAGCAUAUGCAGCUCAGUUUGUUCAAAUCCCUCAAAUUAGCCUGGCCUGGACUUCUGUUGAUGUGACUUGUGAAGCAAAAAUCUCCUGUUGUCUGCACGGUAAAAUGUAGAAACCAGCUAAUAUUUUUCCCCGUUUUCCCUCAUUCCUAAUAACUUUAUAAUGUACAUAAACAUGAUACAUGUAGUAUACAAUUAGGGAGGGAUGAUAUCCACUUCAACAUUAUUCUUAGUUUGUUUGAUUUGAUAUUCUUUUUAUUUUGAACAGUUGCUUUGCUUUAAGUGUAACUUUAUUACUUGAAUUAAUCAUCAGCUUUAUGUAAUGUAAAAUGUAAACAUUUUAUAAUCUUCAUCUUAUCGACGUGCCUGCUGUACAUGGGGCUAGUGACUGGUUUGCCCUCAGUUAACAUUAGUUCUUGUGUGUUCUGGUCUCUGAAUCUGGUCUGAAAGUAAAUGAUGGGGAAUCUUUUCCAGCAUUUUCAAAAUGGAGCCCCGCUUUUAGAAAACUGUGAUCACAGUAUGUGUCAUGUAUAUUUCUUAGAGAUUCUGAAGGCAUUUUGCCAUACGUACCAAAUGUGGGCUUAAGAUGGGAGAGCCUCAGGUACUAGCUGUCCGUGUUUGGGGGGAGGGAUUUGGUGUCAGGGCUCUUAAAGAGAAAAGACAGAUGGUCAGAAAACAUGGAUGGAGAAAGCAGUUAGAAUUGUUUUGAAGUGUGUGUGGUGAAACAGGAAUUGCUUCAGCCAGCACACGGUGUCACAGGUACAUUUUCUUCAACAUCUAGCAAAGCCUGUCCUGAAUGUUCCAAUCAACACAAUAGUGUUGCCAAAUUUCCAAAGUGCUCAUGCGACCAUUUUGCUUGCACCCAAAACUAAGUACAUUGUAGUGAAAUCUCUCUGAGGUGCGAGUAAUGGUCCUCGAUCCUUUCUUUUUUGGUUUCCUGUAGCCAUAUUGGUGUGGUACCACACAUUGGCACAGUGCUGACCGCUAACCACAGGUAAUGGUUACCAGUCUGCAUGCUAUCUUACCUGCUAACCUUGAACGUGUUGAUUUUAUAUGAUGAAGAUGGAUUAGGCUGAGUUAAUGGCUUGGUAUGGUUUGAAUUGAAUAGAAAUCAGUAAGUGAUUCUGUGCAUUUUGCUGUAAAUUCGAAAAAUAUCUACCCUUUCUUAAUUUUUUCCUGAAAAAUUCCAGACACAUUUCUGACUCUGUAUAGUAUGCAGGGAUGAGGAUUUUGCUGACUUUACCUUGUAAAACAGAACGCAGUUUAGGAAAAAAAAAAUUAAUUCCACGAUUUCAAGUUUCUUUUAUAUUAUAGAAGAAAAUCUUAGCACUGCUUGGUAGCUAAGCGGGAGAUUUCUGUCUGCGUUUUGUCUUCAGUUGAAAUCGAGCAAAUAAAUAACCCUGAUGAACAGGGUUUGAAUUAUUCAUGAUUGACGGUUGAAAAGGGGGGUUCAGAAUAUGUAUCUUUGAGCAGGAUUUUUGUUUGUGAUCUGUGUUAAGGUGUGGUGGUAACUAUAGAAGGGAUCAUCUUGAAAGAUGGAAAAGGAUGAAGUUGGAUUUUUAAAAACAUGUCGCAGACAUUUCCAUUGUAAGGUGUAAACGUUCGUAGAUAUCAAUUUCUAUAAUGUAAUACAGAUGAGAAACCGUAUUGUUUAGUACAGUACCAUGCACCGUCUGAGGAUGUUUUGUUGGCGCUGGAUUUUUUGUUUGAAGCGCUCAGCACUAAAAGAGAAUAUGAAUAAAAAUGGUAAUUGUAUGAUGUAAUCAAAGAAA